AUGGAAAACUACGUGGGUCUCGCCGGAUGGGCGUUUCUCCCUUCCUUCGUCACAAACGUCAUUCAGAGCAUCUGGUAUGCCAUCAAGUAUCCCGUCAACUCGGCUGCCAAACCAGCCGCCAAUACCCCAAAGUACCGCCGACACUACAACCGCAUCUACUGUGGCGUGGUCCUUGCUUACCUCGCAUACACGAUCGCCGAAGUCGAUAGGGCCCUGCCCACCAACGCCUAUGAAUACCUCGACCUUGGCUUUCACACCUUUUCGCAAAAGCAGCUUAGGACCAACUUCAGGAAAGCGUCCCUGCUCUAUCACCCCGACAAGGUUGGACAAGUCGGUCAAGACACGUUUGUCAGGAUCCGAGCUGCACACGAGAUUCUAAGCGACCCUGUCCUGAAAAUCGCAUAUGACCGCUUCGGACCCGAGGUGGUCAUUUGCUCGACUUGCAAAACCAACAGGGACUUUGUCAACUACGGUCUCACUUCCUAUUACCCCUUCUACUUUGGCUCUGGACUUGUCCUCACCCUGAUGAGUGUGGUCGGAAAGGGCCAAUUUGGGCGUUACUGGCGAUUUGUUGUGCUCUUCAGCAUGGCAGCACUGGAGCUGAUCAUGGUGACGCGUCCGGAGCCCCACUGGAUACUAUCCUGGAUCAUGCCCAACCGUGUCACGUUUGAGCAAGUCAUUAUCCUUCACCAGAUCUUUGUGUCAAGCUUCAUCGCCAUCUCACAAAUUGGACCCAUCUUGGUUCCUUCCAAGGAGCAGGAAAAGAGCAACACCAAGGAGUUGAUUGACCGUCUUGAACUCCUUACCGCUAUUUCGAACGCCGAGUCGAUUGGUCAGCUGCAGAGCGUGUUUGAUGUGUUUAGGGGCGACGAGGAGUGUAUGACCCAGCUGAAGCGCCAGAUGGGCAUGAUGGCUCUUGACUCUCGCUUAACGCAGGACCAGCUGCUGAACGAGACCCGGAACGCUGUUCAGCGCCGACUCUGGCAGCGCAAGACCGCGUAG